ACGAGGAAGCAUAUCACUUAUCUAUGAAAAUGGCGAGCAGUAACAGCGGCGAUGUAAGCCUGGAAAUGAAUGAUGCUCGAAAUGAAACUUCAGAGGAAGGCCAAGAUACCACACCGAAUGAGAGGCCGACAAGUUUACGUAUGACCUCACAGUCUAGAGACGUUGUUGAUUUCAGACAACCACUUCCAUCUCAAGACGAAGCUGAUGGACCACAGCGAAGCUCAUCCUUUAGAAAUCCAUUCGCUGACAGACAGAAGUUCGUCCGACGAUUAUGUGACGCCUCCUUGUUGGCCGCCAAUGUUUCACAACUCCGUGCUGUAUUAGAUGGAAGUCCGGCCGAAAACGAUUACUUUUGGCCACUGAUUAUUAUGAUCAGUUUGUCAAUUCUUUUGCACAUUGUGUUCGGAAUUCUAAUGAUUAAGAGGUGGGAAAAAGAAAGGGAGGCAGAAAUGGAGCACAGAAAAAAUAGCAGCUCGGUUGCAGGCACACCUACUUCUAACGCAAGCGUCUUAACAAAAGAAGCAAAAGGAACUCUGUGUUUUUGUCCGCCAUGUUUAAGCGUAGAAAAAUGCGAUACAUAUAGCAUGUAUGUCAUGCUUUUUAUCGUCGUUUUGAAUGUUGGUAUUGCAGGAAUGGGACUAUCGGGACAAAGAAAGGUUAAAGAUGAAUAGAGGGACUCGAAUCGCCAAUAUGAUCAUCAUGAGAUUUACGAAACUGAAAUUUAAUAUUGUAGAUUUUAAAUCACCAAAUUUGCUACCGUCAAUUUGUAGGUCACUUGAGUAAUCUCGGGUGAGCUAUUGCGAUUGGUCUGUGUUCGUCGUCGUCCGUCGACCAUUAAUAAUAAUUGAAUAUUUUUAAUUUUGAAAACUACCACUCCAAUUCUUUUCAAAUUUGAUAUGAAGCCUCUUUAGGACAAGGGGGAGGGGGAUAAAUUGUAAAUUUCAGGACUCUUGCACCCCUGGGACCUUGGGAGCAGGGCAAAAACUACCAAAAAUUUACCAAUUUUCAAAAUCUUUUUGACAACCACACAUAUGUAAGAAAACUAAUGCAUAGUGAUAUAAAGCUGGAAGGCAUUGACCAGAAUUGUAAAUUUCAUGAUCCCAGCGUAUAGAGCCUCUGACUCCAGGGCGGAGCCAAACUUGGUAGAUAGUAUUUAUAUGUAAAGUAUUUUUAAAAAGCAUCUUCUUUAAUGAUAUUGAUGUUAAAUUGAAACUAUAUGGAUAUUCAGAAUGAGGAGGUUGUCCUUUACCAAAAUUGUAAAUUUCACGAUCACAGGUUUUGGUAUCAGGGUGGGGCCAGAAUGGUCAGUGAUUGAAUGUAUUAACAAGAGAACCUUUUUAACUUUUUCUUUCUAACUACCAAUCCAUGUUUCUUCUUCAAAUUUUGAAUGAAGCAUCUUUGGGACAAGGGUGACAUAAAUUGUGAAUGUAUGGGCUUCUGUAACCCCGAGGCCGUAGGCUUAGGGUAAAAACUGCCAAACAUUGGCCAAACAUUCAAAUGACUUCUCUACGCAUGUGCAUCUGUAAGAAACACUAAAUGGAUAGUCCUACAAAGCAGGAAGGCUUCUACCAUGAUCCACGGGUAGAUUGUGUGGGGUUGGUGGGGGUGCGUGGGGGUAAAAAUUUGAAUAUUUUCUUUAAUGUUAUUGAUGCUAGUUAUUGUUCCAGGUUGGAACCAAAAUCAUUAAACUAGUAGUGAU